GGCGGGCGUGGUCGCUGGGGCUGAGAGUACCUGGGUGUCCGCGUUGGUUUGUCCGGCGUCCUGUCCGCCUGCACGGCUGUUCUCCGUGUGGUUAUGGGAUUUGGCUCACGGUUUCUGCGGGUGUUUGUUGAGGACUCUUCUGAGCUUUAGAAAGGCUGUGUGGCUAUUCGUUUAAAUUUGUAUACCAACUAAACAACAAUAAGGGGGAAAACCUGAAGAAAACGAAUAUCUAAAACUAACACUGAGUCAGUCUUGUACACUUGAAAUUAACACAAUGCUGUAAGUCACGUAUACUUUCAUGUUAAGACAUCAAGAUACUGGGAACCCAUCUACUGGCCUUUUUCUGAUUGGACCCGUUUUCCCACUCGUGCGCUUUCGGGGAGAGACAUUGAGACGGGAACGGCUGCCUCAGCCACGACGGAGUGUGAAGGAAACACAUGUAAAGCCCUCGGCACGGUAACUGCGGUUAGUCACUUGCAUCAGUGACCGUUUUGAGGAACAGAUGUGGAGACAUCGCACUAGAAUCGCUCACAACUUGCAGAACCAGUAAACCUCAAAAAAGUUCCUUCCAUCUCCUCAGCUCCACAUUCACAGGACUCUGUUCUUCAAGAGAGAGGCCCCAUGAAGGGGAGCACAGCCGCUGGACCUCUGGAAGGCAUAUCACAGCAGUCACUGACAUUCCGAGAUGUGGCCAUCGACUUCUCCCAAGAAGAGUGGGGACUCCUGGACCCCGCUCAGAGAGAACUGUACACCGCUGUGAUGUUGGAGACUUACCAGAACCUGAUCUGGCUGGGCAUAUCUGUUGCAGAGCCCAACAUAGCCUCCCUACUGGAGCGAGGCCUACAGCCCUGGCUGAUGAGAGAGGAGGAUGCAGGAGCUCCAGGAGCAGAGAGUGAGUCAACACAGAAGAGCAAGGAAUUGUCUUUAAGGAAGAGGAUAAAAGGAGAAACAUACCAUCGUGAACGAGUGAUGAAAAAAACGAGCAGCACGGGUAGAGAAUAUGCAAAAGCCUCCAGCACCAGGGCAUGCCUCGUCAUCCAUCAGAAGAUGAAGGAAGAGAAAUGCUACCAGUGCUUCGAGUGCGGGAAAUCCUUCCGUCGUCGAUCAACUCUCAUCCAGCAUCAGAGGAUCCACACAGGAGAGAGACCCUAUCAAUGCAGCAAGUGCAGCAAAGCCUUCAACCAGAAGGCCCACCUUGCCCAACACCAGCGCACCCACACGGGCGAGAAGCCCUACACCUGCGGGCAGUGCACACGGGCCUUCAGCCAGGUGACACACCUCACCCAGCACCAGAUCAUCCACACCGGAGAGAGGUUCCAUGGCUGCAGCGAGUGUGGGAAGGCCUUUAGCCGCCCCUCCGCCCUUGCGGACCACCAGAGAAUCCACAGCGGAGAAAAACCCUUCAAGUGCAAGGCCUGUGGCAGAGCCUUCACACAGAGCGCCCAGCUCCUCAGACACCAGAAGGUCCACUCUGAAGACAAGCCCUACAGAUGCAGCAAGUGCACCAAGUCCUUCAUCCGUCUCUCUUCCCUGACGGAGCACCAGCGGACUCACACCGGAGAGAAGCCCUAUCAAUGUGAGGACUGCCCGAAGGCCUUCUGCCGCCUCGUGCAGCUCACUCAGCACCAGAGGACCCACACGGGUGAGAAGCCCUACACAUGCGAUGCGUGUGGGAAGGCCUUCAGCACCUCCUCCUCGCUCUGUCAGCAUAAGAGGAUUCAUACUGGGGAAAAGCCCUACAGUUGCCACGAAUGCGGCAAGUCCUUCAGGUGCCGCUCAUCUCUUACUGUUCAUCAGAGAAUUCAUACUGGAGAGAAACCGUAUGAGUGUAAGGACUGUGGGAAGGCCUUCAACCAGAGUCAGCACCUUGUCCAGCACCACAGAAUACACACCGGAGAAAAACUCUUUGAAUGUAAGGAAUGUAGGAAAGCCUUCAGCCAAAAUGUACAUCUUAUUCAACAUCAAAGAAUUCAUACUGGAGAAAAACCAUAUAAAUGUAAGGAGUGUAGAAAAGCCUUCAGCCAGCCUGCACACCUUGCUCAGCAUCAGAGAAUUCAUACUGGGGAGAAGCCUUAUAAGUGUAAGGAAUGUGGCAAGGCCUUCAGUGAUGGCUCGUCCUUUGCCCGACAUCAGAGGUGUCACACCGGCAAAACACCCUACGAAUGUAUUGAAUGUGGGAAAGCUUUCAGGCAGAACACAUCGCUUAUCCGGCACUGGAGAUAUUAUCACACUGGGGAGAAGCCCUUCGACUGCAUCGACUGUGGCAAGGCCUUCAGCGAUCACAUAGGACUUACUCAGCACAGGAGGGUUCAUACUGGGGAGAAACCUUACAAAUGUAAUGUGUGUGGGAAGACCUUCAGCUACGGCUCAUCCCUGACCGUCCAUCAGAGAAUUCACACGGGAGAGAAACCAUAUGAAUGCGACAUCUGUGGGAAAGCCUUCAGCCAUCAUGCCUCACUCACCCAGCACCAAAGAGUGCAUUCUGGAGAGAAGCCUUACCAAUGCAGGGAAUGUGGAAAAGCCUUCAGGCAGAGCAUACACCUUGCUAGCCAUCUGAGGAUCCAUACUGGAGAAAAACCCUAUGAAUGUAAGGAAUGUGGAAAAGCUUUUAGCAUCAGUUCACAGCUGGCUACUCAUCAGAGGAUUCAUACUGGAGAGAAACCUUAUGAAUGUAAGGAAUGCGGGAAAGCCUUCAACCAGAGGGCACACCUCGCACAGCACCAUAAAAUUCAUACUGGAGAGAAACCUUAUGAUUGUACUGAAUGUGGUAAAGCCUUCAGCCAGGCUACCCGCCUUAUCCAACAUCAGAGAGUCCACACAGGAGAGAAACCCUAUGAAUGUACUGAGUGCGGGAAGGCUUUUAGUGACAGCUCAUCCCGUGCUCAGCAUCUGAGACUUCACACAGGCCAGAAGCCCUAUGCAUGUGUUGAAUGUGAGAAGGCAUUCAGAACAAAAUCAUCACUUACUUGCCAUCAAAGAUGUCAUACAGGGGAGAAACCUUAUGAAUGUAGUGCAUGCGGUAAAGCCUUUAGCCAUCGACAGUCGCUUACUGUUCAUCAGGAAUUCAUUCUGGAGAAAAACCAUAUCAGUGUAAGGAAUGUAGGAAAACCUUCAGCCAGAUUGGACACCUUAAUCUACAUAGAAGAAUCCACACUGGAGAGAGAUCUUACGAAUAUAAAGAAUGUGGAGAAGUCUUCAGACAAAGUGCACACCUUGCUCAUCAUCAUAAAAUUCAUGCUACAGAGUCAUCUCAAGCCCUCAGCUCUUCCCCACCCCCUGCAUCACCAAAUCCUGGGGAUAUGUCUGCUGAGUAUUUCUGGAAUUCAUCCACGUCUUUCCAUCCUCAUUGCCCUAAUCCAAAACGUAGUCAUCUCAUCUGGACUAUUCCAAUUGUCUAAACACUGGUCUCUCUGCAUCCUCUUUUGUCUCCUCCAAGUUCAUUCUUCACACUGCUCCCACAGUGGUCUGUUCAAAUGUAAAUGUAAUUAUAUGACUCUCUUAAAACCCUUGGUGUGAAAAUUUAAACUACUUGAUGCAUACCAAGUGCUUAGCAUAGUGCCUGACCCAGAGUAAAUGCUCUAUACUGACAGUUCAGUAUCCUUCAGAGUCUGCUUGAAAGCCCUUUUUAAGCAGUGAACUCUGGAAGACAGUAUAUGUACUUGGAGAUCAUAACAGUUUUAAAACUGAAACUUAAUGUGAAUGAUGAGGAUUAGCAUGUGUUAAAGCUUAAACAUUAACACGUUUAAAGCUUUAUACCACCACAUACAUGACUGUAUUCCUUUGUUGGUGAGAAAAUUCAACAUGACCUAAUACAUAGAGUAUGUUUUAGGAAGUAUCUAGAACUCUGGAUAAGACUGGAUCAAAAGAAUUAGAAAAUAACUGGGAAUAAUGCAAGACUGUAUUUAGUAAAGGCAAAAAGUAAAAAUUCCUAAUAUUUAAAAUGGAAGAAGCAGAGAACUUGAAUAAUCAAGCCCUUUUUUAAGAUACCUGGUUUCACAGAUUAAUGCUGAACCUUCAAGGAAUCAUAAUUAAGCUGUUCUAGAGUACAGAAAAAAAUAAUUGAAAUGGAUUAUUUUGGAGUACUUCUAACCCCUGUUAAGGAGAACAGAGGUUAUGAAUAAAUGGAGAUCCAUGUUUCUAGAAGGAACUUUUAGUACUGUAAACAUGUCUGUACAUUCAGUCAAUUCCAGUCACAAUUCUUUUAGGAUAAUUUUCCACUGACAAUUUUGUUCUGAAAAUCAAUGUAGAAUGGUAAAUAGGAAAGCAUCACAAGGGAAUUUUUGAAAAAUGUAUCCCCAUGAAUUUAGUUACUUGCAAAAGUAAUUAUUUUUCAUGUGUCAGUGGGGGAGAUAGAUGACUUAAAUGGUGCUUGACAAUUAUCCAGCUGGAAAUAAAGUCAGAUCCACAUUUCACCCCUUACAGAGAAGUUCAUUCCAUAUAGAUUAAAGAUAUAAUAGGAAGCACAAUAUUAAAUUUCUUAGAAGAGAAUGUAGAAUAUUUCUAUCCCCUUGAGUUCAGGUAGGCUUUAGUAAGCAGGACACAGAGUCCAGAAGUCAUGAAGAGGGACAGUGUUAGGUAGGACCAUGUAAAAAAUUUAAACUUUUCCAUGGUAUAAGACACUGUAUGCAAAGUGAAAAGACACAUGACAGAUAUUUUAUACAUAUAUUACAAAGGAUAUAGUCCUUCUAAAAAGUGCUGUUGCUUUAUGUGGCCGCCUGGAUGGGAGGGGAGUUCAGGGGAGAAUGGAUACAUGUAUAUGUAUGGCUGAGGCCCUUUGCUGGCCACCUGAAACUAUCAGAUUGUUCCUUGGCUGUACCCCAAUACAAAACAAAAAGUUGAAAAAGAAAUGCUGUUGUAAAGCAGCAAGUAAGAGACACAGUCUGACAGCAACUCGAAACGAAGAAAACAGUCAAGGAAAAUCUCAGUUGCACUAAUGAUCAGGUAAACGGAAACUGUAAAAGUUCUCGCCACCAGCACAGACCAGCACACACAUUAUGGAUAAUAUCCAGUACUGCUACAGAUGUGACAUGUUUUUAUGCGUUGGGAGGGUAAAUAGGUAGAAAGCCAUUUUAGAAGGCAAUAUGGGAAUGGCUACCCACUCCGGUAUUCUUGUCUGGAGAAUGCCAUGGACAGAGGAGCCUGGUGGGCUACAGUCUGUGGGGUCACAAAGAAGCAGACAUGACUGGAUGACUAGCACACUAACAUGGUAUUGUAUGUAAAACAUAUAAAGUGUAAUGAAUUAAUCACUGCUGCAGUUCUAGGGAUUUAUCUUCUCAAAAAGCACAGGCACAAAAAUAUAGAUGUACAUUUACCACAGAAUUUUUAAAAACUUGGAACAGCUUAAGUAUCCAGCAGUGGUAAAUUGAUGAGUUAAUUUUGGAAAAUCAGUUCAGUAGAUUAUUAUGCAGUAACUGAAAAGAAUGAGGAGGAUCUCUAUACUUACAAAACUAUGCCUUGUAGUUUAUUGAGAAUGUAAUUUUCAUAACUGUAAUAUGGCAUAGUUAAAAGUACAUAAACUCUUUAAAGUUAA